CUCUACUCUCUACUUUCAUUACUCCGUCCUUCUUUCAAGAUGCACAGCGCAAGAGCACGACGAGGCUGCCUAUGACUCGAAAUCACACUACUGCCUGUUGAAGCCGGAAAAAGAAGACAAAAGAACAUCGCCUCCCCAGCAGAAAGUGUCCGUUUCAACCCGCGUUUAUGCAUUUGCCCCCCCCCGUCGGCAUCUCCUGACGUUAUCCCCCCGCUACGCUGUGCCGUGCUGUCACUGCUGUGGCAGUUAGGCGGGGCAAUAUCUUGGGGCAACAUCUCGGAGGCGCUUCACCGUUGCCCGCACUAGAUACACAUCACUCAAGCUCGACCGGUGUCUGCGCUGCGUUUCCUUGAGUUUUACACCUCGAUUCUCGCUAUUUACGACACUCCAGCAUUCUACAGCAUUCUCCAGCAUUCCCCAUCUCCCCCGAUAGAGCCCGCAACUUGACCACGCUGGGACCGUCGCCCAUCCCGCAACCAUGGACGACAACAUCGCCACCUUCAACGCCAUUACGGGCGCCAGCCCCGACGUCGCUCGCAGCUUCCUCGAGAUGACCGCUGGAAACUUUGAACGCGCCAUCGAGCUCUUCUACGAGAACCCCGAUCUCGCGUCCGGAGUCGGCGCCGGCCUGUCCGCCAACACCGCGCCGUCGACCAACCCUGCGCCCGCCGCCGCCGCAGCCGCGAGGCCCAAUAUCGGGACCCUGGAUUCGGAUGGCGUUAUCCACAUCGAUAGCGACGAGGACGAGGAUAUGCAGUUCGACGAUGAUUCCGACAACGACAUCGACAACGACCGCGCUGUUGCUGCUCAGGCCGCCGCCCUCGCCCAAGAGGAGGAGGACAUGGCCAUGGCCAAGCGGUUGCAGGAGGAGCUAUACCAAGAACCCCACGGCGCCGGCGCAGCUUCGGGCUCGGCCAUGGACGACGUGAGGGCGCCCAUUGCCCGCACCACCGAGACCCUCAUUGCUCCAGGCCCGUCCUGGGGCGACGGGGACGGUGACGUGGAUGCGGCCCUCUUGGAACAGCUGCGAAGACGACAGCAGCAACAACCAGCUCGAUCUGGCGGUCCCUUUUCACAACAAAUAUGGGGAGAUCCCCAACGCCACCCUACCCAGGCGACCGAGAACGGCGCGGGGGCUCACGCGAGACGGCUUGAGGAUUUAUUUCGCCCACCUUACGAUAUCAUGGCUCGAAUGACCUGGGACGAGGCCCGCACCCUCGGAAAGGAGGACAAGAAGUGGAUCAUGGUGAACCUCCAGGACAUGAACGACUUCAACUGCCAGGCCCUUAACCGCGACAUCUGGAAGGACAAGAGUAUCCGGGAGCUGGUGUCGGAGAACUUCAUUUUCUUGCAGUACGACAAGGAUUUCCCCGACGCCCAGGAAUACCUCACCUUUUACUUCACUAACGGGUCCCACGAAAACCCUGACAACUACCCUCACGUCUCCAUUAUUGAUCCCCGAACCGGCGAGCAGGUCAAGGUGUGGAGCGGCAGGCCGUUUCCCGGUGCGUCAGAAUUCCACGCCGAGCUGGCCGAGUUCCUUGACCGGUACAGUCUCGCUGCCAACAGCAAGAACCCAGUAGCCGCGGCGACGGCACGCAAGCCUCAGGUGGUGGACGUGGAGCGAAUGACGGAGGACGAGAUGCUGGAGAUGGCUCUCAAGAACAGUCUGGAAAGCUCCGCGAACAGGGGAUCGUCAUCGACGCCGAACGUGCACGACCCCGAUGCUUUGACAAAAUCCGACGAGUCGACGGACGAAGCCGAAGGAAAGGGCAAGGAGCCAGAGCAAAAUCCCUUUGCCUUGAUAUCCGGUACGAGCCCACACGCCGAGCCUGAGAACAACCCAGCCACAACCACGCGCAUCCAGUUCCGACACCCCACCGGACGUGUCAUCCGCCGGUUUAAUCUUGAGGACCCUGUGCGCAGGAUCUACGAGUGGCUCAAGGCUGAGCCACUCGAGGGCAAGGAUGGAAUUGAAUUUGAACUGAAGAAGAUGCCUCAAGGCCAGGACCUAAUGGAGAGCUUGAAUGCGACUAUUGCAGAUACGGGUUUGAAGCAGGGUACGGUGAUGAUUGAGUUUAUCGAGGACUAAGGGCUGAGACGAAGGUUGAGGACGAAUGACGAAUUACUAGGGACCAAGGACCAAGGACGAAGGACCGAGGGACUUGGUCAAAUGCCGACGGAAUGAAAGCAGAGCAAUGAUUACCAGUAUCUAGGUACAUACAGGACCAUGAGGAAUGAUUCAUAUUGCCCAUAGAUGGAGGAACCGGACUGGACAGGCAUGCAGGCAAGCAGGCAGGCAAGGAAGGGAUCAGAUGCAUUUUUUCUGGGGCUUGUGUUUUGCUUUGAGAACAACUGGAGUCUAUUAGACGCUUCUGUGCUUGUGGUGGCCAAGACAAGCCAGGGCAGGACAGGGCAGGGCAUGAUAUGACACGGCGGCAGAACAGUGAUUCAGUUGCGAUAUGAGGGAUAAGGUAGCAGCAGUGCGAUAGUGUGACACGAAGAGACAGAGUGAGAGUGAGAGAGAAAGCCAUCGUCACUCAGAUGCUUGGUUCAUUGAGUUACC